AUGAGACCAACACUCGUCCGAUCAAUGAGACCGACUCUCAUGAGAGCUGCUGCCGCAGCCAAGAGUGAAGGCAAUGUUUUGAACCAGGGAGCAAAGAGGGAUCCCGAGCUCUAUAUCCUUCUGGCCGUCAUGUCUGGAGCUUUCGGCCUUGCAGGAUUCUACUUUGGCCGCAAGCCAACUUCAGCGACAUCCGAGGCGAAGGUUAGCAUUGCUCCCGGAAGCAUGCCAUGGCAAGGAGAGACCACCGAAGGCGACAAGGCCAGAGGUGACUACAAGUACCAAUACCACCCCGGUGGCGACCCAAAGAACCCCCCCAAGGACGCUCCCAGCGCGCUGCACAGUGUAAUUGUGCCGAACGUCAAUUUGCCAAAGGAGCUACACGAGAAGUACAACAAGUGGGGAAAGGAUGGAUACUAG